GUUCUUGGAAAAGGUCUGCUACCGAAACAACCACUGAUCGUGAAGGCCAAGUACUUCUCUCAUGAAGCUGAAGACAAGAUCAAAGCAGCAGGAGGAGCUUCCUCUGAGCGCUUGUCCUCUGUGGAGCUAAGGCAUUUGCAACUUGCACUCGGAAUGGCUUUAAAUCAGGAAAUGGCUUGCGUUUACGCUGCUCUCAUCCUUCAGGAUGAUGAGGUUGCAAUUACUGGAGACAAAAUUGCUACUCUUCUCAAAGCCGCCAAUGUUGACUUCGAGCCGUUCUGGCCCGGACUCUUCGCUAAGGCUGUCGAAGGAGUUGAUGUGAAGAACCUCAUCACGUCGGUGUCUUCUGGAGUCGGUGCUGGAGGUGGAGCUGCAGCACCCGCCGGAGGCGCUCCAGCUGCCGCUGCCCCUGCUGCAGCUGCUCCAGCAGCCGAGACAAAGAAGAAGGAAGAGCCCAAGGAGGAGUCCGACGACGACAUGGGAUUCGGCCUUUUCGAUUGA